AUCACAGCAAUGGCGGAAGACUUUCGAGAUACCAGCCAACCGGCUCCGGACGGUUCCUCACAUCCUCCGUCAGAAACGGGACCGAAAAAGCCCAAGCACGAAUUUCCCAAGUCACAGGUCGGAAAGCUAUGGGACGCCUUUGGGAAUCCCGAAGAACCGGUCAAUCUGAUGCCCGGAGGGACAUACAAUUCCGCAGGAGGAAAACCAAAAGAAGUAACUGUCAUGGAUGCAGUUAAAUCUUUAUCUACAAACGACUUCACAUCCUUCUACAAAGCACCCUGCGCGCGCGAUUCCCUUCUCGUUGGCAUCGGUACGGGAUUCGGAAUUGGUAGUCUAAGAGUUGUACUCGGAGGCCUUAGGUCGUUAUGGGCUGCGAGCAACUGGGCUGUCGGUUCCUUCGCGGUGGCCUCGAUCUUGACACACCAAUACUGCCAGCGGAAACGGGUCAAAGAAAUGGACGGAAUGAAGGAAGCUGUACAAUUAAUGAGGGAACUAAAAAUAAAAAAGCAGAAAGAACAAGCGGAGGCUCAGAGGAAACAGGAGGAGGAAGCUCGUUUGGCCGAAGAGGAACGGAAACGAAAAAGUUGGACCAACCUUUCCAGUUAUAAGUUUUGGUAGCAUUUCCCGGCUGGGGUGGAGUUAUGGAGUUCGCAUUCUGGAACGGGAACACGGGCGUUCGAUAUCAUUCUGUUUGCGUAGAGGAAGAUAAUUCGAAGUGUGAAUACUCAGCUCCAGUGUAUAAUAAUAUAAACCGCCGUGCCGUUUUCCGAGGUCACAUCAAGUUUCAAAUUUGACCCUUUUACGA